AUGAAGACGAGGCGCGGCGCCUACUACUCCUGCCACGCGGCGACCACGGCGCCGGGCGAGGGCCCGGAGGCCGUGCACCGCCGGAAGAGGCGCAGGACGGUGGCCGAGGGGUCGCCGGCGGCUGCCGGUACUCCAGGUGUCCGCCUGGCCGGAGACAUGUUCGAGGAGCUUCCUGACGAUCUCGUCGUCUCCAUACUAAGGGACGUCGCCGCGUCCGCCGGCUCGCUGGCCGAUCUCGCCGGCGCCAUGCUCACGUGCAAGAGAUUCAGGGAGCUCGGGCAGAGCAAGUUGGUGCUCGCGCGGGCGUCACCGCGGUGCCUCGCGGUGCGCGCCAAGGCCUGGUCGGACGACGCGCACCGGUUCCUGCAGCGCUGCGCCGACGCCGGCAACCUCGAAGCCUGCUACCUUCUUGGCAUGGUAAGGCAAGCAAUCAUUUCGUUGGGCAGCGAAUCAAUCGUCUUGGCGUCUUGGCUCGGCGUUGGAUGGAUCGCGCUGAUGAACGAAGCUGAUGAUGAUGCUCGAUCGAUGCAGAUUCGGUUCUACUGCCUAGGGGGCAGCCGCGGCUCGGGCGCGGCGCUGAUGGCGGCGGCGGCGGUGGGCGGGCACCGCGAGGCGCUCUACUCGCUGGCCGUGAUCCUGUUCAACGGCAGCGGCGGCGGCAAGGACGACCGCGACCUCCGCGCCGGAGCCGCGCUGUGCGCGCGCGCGGCGUCGCUGGGCCACGUGGACGCGCUCCGCGAGCUGGGCCACUGCCUCCAGGACGGCUACGGCGUGCGGCGGUCCGUGCUGGAGGGGCAGCGCCUCCUCAUCCAGGCGAACGCGCGCGAGCUCCAGGUCAAGGUCACCGCCUCCGCCUCGAUGGCAGGGGCGGGUGCGGGCGGCGGCAAGGCGUCGGCGGCGCCACGUCGGCACUCGUGCCUCCUGAGCGACUUCUGGUGCCGCGCCGCGUCUGGGGAGACGCUCGCAGCCAACCGGUUCCUGGUGGACUGGUUCGCGUCGCGGCCGCUCGGUGCCUCGGCGGCGGCAGUACCUGACGGCAACGGCAACCCCGGGACGGCGGCGGCGUUGCCGGAGGAGGACGGCGCCGGCGUGCUGCGGCUGUGCUCGCAGGCGCUGUGCGGGCGGCCCGAGACGCGGCAGCACGAGUUCCGGCGGUGCUCGGUGUGCGGCGUGGUGAACUACUGCUCCCGCGCGUGCCAGGCACUGCACUGGAAGAUGGCGCACAAGGCGGAGUGCACGCCCACGGACCGGUGGCUCGACGUCGCCGUGGGCGGCGGCGGCGUGGCGCAGGCCAACGCCAACGCCAAUGCGGACGCGGCGCCGUGA